AUGGAGAUGAAGUUUUUCUCUUUUUAUGCCGUUGCAGCUUCACUUCUAUUUGUAGCCAACUUUGAGAUCAUUCACACAAGUGGGCAGAGCGUUUCGUGCCUGAACCAGCUUGCUCCAUGCCUUAAUUACUUGAAUGGAACCAAAGAAGUGCCUCAAGUUUGCUGUAACCCUCUCAAAUCAGUGAUCAAGGACAAUCCAGAGUGCUUGUGCCGUAUGAUUAGUAACCGAGGGAGUUCUCAGGCCGAGCGAGCUGGGAUCAAUGUCAAUGAUGCUCAAAUGUUGCCUGCUCGAUGUGGUGAACACGUCAAUCCCCUUGCCUGCUUGACACGAUCUCGUGGAUCUACAAACUCAGACCGAAGUUCCUCCACUGGCAAUUCCUUUUCUCAGUCCUAUUGGAUGACGACAUUUGCUUUUGCAGCCACCGUUAUGGCAGUUGACCAGAUCGUCCUCUAUUCCUCUAUUGAGCGGAUCGUACAAAGGAUCUCAAUCCGACCAACACUAAACCCUCUCCGAGUGAGCAUUGUUGACCGAUCAUCGGAAAAAAUCUCCAAUCUCGCAACAUCUCCGGCUAAAAUGGGAGGGAUGUUGUACAAGCUAUUCGCUUCGGCGUCGCUGCUCACCCUCGGACUCUACCAUCUCAUUUGCACUUUCUUCCACGUUCUCAAGACUCCUCAAUCCUACGCCGCCAAGCCCUUCUACGCUUUUCCCCGUUUCUCCACCGCCGCUAACAACCCCCACAAUCACCACCGCCUCCAAAACCUACCCUUGAUCGUCCUCAUACUCUCUCUCUUCGUCGCUUUCCUCCACCAAACCGUAAUCUCAUUCUACUCCGAUCCUCUUGUCAAAGGAAGCACCCCGGUCCACCGAUUCUCCUCCCUUAACUCCGCCGCCGUCUUCUUCCUCUUCCUCCUCAUCGCCGUCUACCUUCUCCUCUCCGAGUCCGCCUCCUUAAUCCCUCUCCCCACCGAUCUCCUCUUCGCACUCGCCUCCGGUGGCUUCUUCCUCCAUUACUCCGCCGCUUCCUCAUCUGCCUCAAUCCAGACAUCGGAUCUUCAGGCUCACUGCGAUUCCCUCUCCGCUCGCAUCUCCGCUCUAUGCUCCCUCCUCUGCCUCCUCCUCGCUUGCCGUCCCAGGCUCUUCAUCGCUGACGCUGCCCUCGCUGCUUCCAUAUGCCUGCAGGGUCUCUGGCAGCUCCAGACCGGACUCUCUCUAUACGUCGAUGGCUUCAUUCCCGAGGGAUGUCAUCGUCUUCUCGAUGUUGCCAGCGGCGUCGAAGGAUCUACGCAGUGUGAUAUCCAGGAGUCAAAGCUAAGAGCUGUCUCUGUAUUGGAUCUUAUGUUCACUGUCCAUGUCGUGCUUGUGGUCAUCCUCCUCUUCGUGACAUACACGAUGGUGUCCAUGGCGACGGGAGUGCGAAGAACCGGUUCUUACGAGGCUUUGCCAACGAAUUCCACUGAUUCUAAUCACAUUCAGAUGAAGUCUAUGACCGGAACUCAAGCCUGA